GGAAAUCAACUAUGCUGAGUUACACAUUGAUCCUGUACCUACAGGCGAGUUGAUGGGGGAUCCUUGCAUCUCGAUAGCAUUUAGCGUGUGUUUGUAUUGCUUGUGGUUUUUGUUUAAUUAAUUAUUACCCACCUUUUUUUUCUCUCUUGAUCUUGCGGCUCCUUGGGCACUUUCAGACCUCCACUUCAUCGAUCCCAUCUUUGCGCCGUAUUAGUUCGAACUAUAGGCGGAGACGCGAUUUCUGUACUAUGUUAUGAUUUGAUCCAAACCCAGCAAUAAUGGCACCCAAAUCGCGCCGUCUUCUGCGCAGGGAAAUCACCUACUCCCAGGCUCGAGACGAAGAGGUCAAUAUCCUGCGCAGACUGGACUACUGGCCCGAAAAGAACAAAUUCAUAAAUCGGGUAUUUCGACAUCAAAAUUGGAUUCAGGCUACUGUAGCUCACCAUCUCAAUGUGUCUGCCCAAGACUGUGAUGUGUCUCUGAAAGACUCACUCUAUGGCAGUUUCAAUCUGUGCAUCCCGGUUACCGUGAAGAAAUGGAAGGGGAAACGGCAAUCUGGUAACCGUCUUAUGUUCCGUCUUCCACUGCCGUACCGCGUUGGAGAUGCUUUCCGGCCUGGGAAUGGCGAUGAGAAAGUCAGAUGCGAGGCUGGAACCUACGCGUGGCUGGAGGAGAAUUGCCCCGAUGUGCCCAUACCGCGAUUCUACGGUUUCGGGGUAUCGACUGGCGAAACGUUUACGCGCAUCGAAAACCUCUCCGUCUUCGUUCGCUGGUACCAGUAUCUACGCCACUGGAUACUGUCGUUGCUUGGCUAUUCGCUGCCUUCGUUCUACGUUCGUCGCCGGAGACCACCAAAAAGGAAAUCCAAGGGCCAUAACCCUUUCCGUACCGCAUACAUGUUGAUUGAAUAUAUCGAGGAGACAAGGGGGCGUAUGUUGUCGGAGACAUGGUUGAAAGGUCAGCAAGCCACAGACCCAGUGCUGCGGGCAAAUCUAUUUCGGUCUAUCUCGCAGAUCCUGCUCAGCAUUUCACGGAUUCCUCUGCCGAGGAUAGGAUCUUUUGUGAUUGACAAUGGCGGAUAUCUACGGUUGACAAAUCGGCCUCUGACAAUUGAGCUGCAAGAACUGGAGAAUGAAGAGAUCCCAACCGAUAUAUCGCGGGACUACACCUAUUCAACGGUUGACUCUUAUGCGAUGGAUAUGCUUGGUAUCCAUAACAAUCGCAUCCGGUACCAGCCAAAUGCGAUCAACCAUGUAGCAGAUGGCGCUUACCAGAUUGGCGUGCUUACAGGAAUGCGUACUGUGAUGCCGACACUCUUUAAGCGGGAGCUUCGCCGUGGUCCUUUCGUUUUCACCUUCACUGAUAUGCAUCGAAGCAACAUCUUUGUGGAUGAUAAAUGGCACAUCACUUGUCUAGUGGAUCUCGAAUGGGCCUGCUCCCGACCCAUCGAGAUGCUCCAACCGCCUGAAUGGCUCACAGAUAAAGCCGUCGAUAUACUUGCGAAGGAGUCAGAUGAGUAUAACAAACUACGUGUUGAAUUCAUGCGCAUUCUAGCGGCCGAGGAGGAGGCCUGUGGAAAGCGCCAAUGCCGCUGGGAUGUAUUGGGAGACGGGACAAAACUGUCAACCCUCAUGGAAAACGGGUGGGAAUUAGGAACAUUCUGGUAUUGCCUAGCCCUCGCCAGUCCAACUAGCGUUUUCGCCAUCUUCGAUAAACAAAUCCGACAUAGAUAUCGCGUUCAUGAGCCUCGACAACAACAACAACAACCUAUGGAGGGAGACGACGAGGAGGAAGAUUUAUUUGAUCGCGUUAUGCCGUGGUAUUGGUCUCAGGACUCCCGUUACGUUUUAAAGCAGAAACUGUCUGAUAAAAGGGACUAUGACAGACGUCUAAAGGAAGCGUUUGGCAUUGAACCUGAUAAAUUAGCCAUUACUUGGGAACGAUAGGCCUCCUUCCCUGGUAACCUUGUUCCCCUUGCCCUCCCUUUACCAUUGCUCAGACCUUUUUGGUUAUUUUCUUGUUUAACCUCGACAGACUUUGCAGAAGAGGUAAGUGAUUGCAGUCUUUACGUCUGUAGGAAAACCCACAUGCCUCUCUUCAUCGUAUGGGUAUGCGUUUGGUGAUUUAUUGCUCAUUUUAGGAGAAGUCAUGAAUGUCUGGUUUAAAGAAGGCAAAUAUACCAACCAGAGUCUUCAUUAAUGUUCUCUUAUCUUCUUGUUCAGAGAAUUUCAUGAUAGAUAACGUCUAAUGAAAUGAAUCUAAUUUCCAACUGACCUUCGAGAUAAUGGGAUACGGAAUUGGUGGCAUUAUCUACGUAUGGUUCAUUUAUUCAAUCUGGAAUAGUAGAUACCCAGGAGGAGUCGAGUUUUGCUCAUCUGUCAUUUGUGUAUUUAUCUACCUAGCUCCAGUCGAGAUUCUAUGGACGGAAACCAG